AAGUUAGGUUCAUUCCUUCCAAACCAUUCCAAACAUUGUCAACGAAAGGUUAUUCUACGUUAUCGUUUUCAAAUUUGUGUAUGCACUCAUGCAUUACGAGAGAUAGUAGCUAUUUUAGGAUUUAAAAGUUUUGGCAGUGAUCUAUUAACAUGGCAAGUACUUCUUCCGAUCAAAGCACCAUUGCCAAAAAGACAUGGGAAAUGUCAAACAAUAUUGAAACAAUCAGCACUGUUGAUGAGAUUUAUAGAUACGAUCGCAAAGAACAGCAAGAUAUAUUGGCUGCCAAACCAUGGGAGAAAGACCCUCACUUUUUCAAAGAUAUAAAAAUCUCAGCAUUGGCUUUGUUAAAAAUGGUCAUGCACGCUCGUUCAGGUGCAACUUUAGAAGUAAUGGGCCUCCUGCUUGGAAAGGUUGCUGCGAACACAAUGAUAGUAAUGGAUUCUUUUGCGUUACCUGUGGAAGGCACUGAGACAAGGGUAAAUGCACAGGCUCAAGCGUAUGAGUACAUGACAGCAUACAUAGAAGCAGCUAAACAAGUUGGAAGACAAGAAAAUGCUAUUGGAUGGUACCACAGUCAUCCAGGCUAUGGCUGUUGGCUAUCAGGUAUUGACGUUUCCACUCAAAUGCUGAAUCAAAAUUAUCAAGAACCAUUUGUUGCCAUUGUGAUCGAUCCUGUGAGAACGAUAUCUGCCGGGAAAGUUUGCCUAGGUGCAUUUAGAACUUAUCCAAAGGGGUACAAGCCAGCGAAUGAAGAACCGUCCGAAUAUCAAACGAUACCUUUGAACAAGAUCGAAGAUUUCGGUGUUCAUUGUAAACAGUACUAUUCUUUAGAAGUCUCGUACUUCAAGUCGUCUUUAGACAGAAGAUUAUUAGAUUCCCUAUGGAAUAAAUAUUGGGUGAACACUUUAAGUUCUUCUAGUCUUUUAACGAACGCGGAUUACACCACCGGGCAAAUAUUCGAUUUAUCGGAUAAACUCGAACAGUCGGAGGUCGCACUCGGCAGGGGGUUCAUUUUAGGUGGUACGGAUCCUCACGAUCGUAGUACCGUAGAAAAAUUAAUGAAAGCGACGAGAGACAGCUGUAAGACCACUAUCGAAAUUAUUCACGGACUAAUGGCUCAAAUAAUCAAGGACAGGUUGUUCAAUCAAGUUGGUUGUAAUCCGGUCGAGGCUCAGCAGCAAUAAUAGGAGAUGAAUGACUGUAACAAUUUACAUGUACGAUUUCUAUAAUUAAUACAAGAAUAAUUUUUAAGUGUG